AUGGCUGUCAGGGCCAAGGGCGUGAGGGAUUUGUGUUACGAUUUCUUCCAGGUGACGUGGCUGCGACAGAGGGACCUACAUAUUCUCACGACGGGACGCAUCACUUACUCUGCCGAUGAGCGAUUUCAGGUGUCGCAUCGGCCCGGCACGGAGGAAUGGACGCUGGUGGUGGAGUCUGCCCAGGUGAGAGACGCGGGGACUUACCUCUGCCAGAUCAACACCGACCCCAAGCUGUCCCUGCCCUUCACCUUGCAUGUGCUGAAUUCCUCGCGGCCAGUCGGGGUGACCAAGAGCAAAUUCUUCCUCGCCAACAACACGGCGUCCACGAGAGAUGGGCGUCUCAAGGUGGAGGUUCUCGGGCCUCGGGAGCGGUACAUCGAGGAGGGCUCCACGCUGACCCUCACCUGCGUCGUCACCUCCACGCAGGGCCCGUCCACGCUCGUGUACUGGUACCAUGACACGCGGAUGAUUGACUACAACUCUCGGCGAGGCGGGAUUAAGCUGAAGAUCGACCACGCGCGGGGGGUGACAGCCGCCCGCCUUCUGGUGCACCGGGUCUCCCUCAGCGACUCCGGCAUGUACUCCUGCGUGCCAGCCGGUUCGCAUCCCGCCGCAGUAGUCGUCCACGUGCAUGAGGGUAAGCAAGAGGCGGCCAUACAACAGGGUGGAAUCAGCACCUCCACCUCCUCCUCCUCCUCCUCCUCCUCUUCCUCUUCCUCCUCUUCCUCCUCCUAUUUCUUUUUUUCCUCCUCUCAUCGCGUUUAUUUCGUAUUUUUCUUCAUUUUGUUCAUUCGUUUCGUGAUUCGUAGUCCGUGCUAA